CUUCAUUAGCAUCUCAGCCCAUCCCAGCUCUGCGGCUUGGAGUCCUGCUCUGAGGGUCACCAAUGUAAGUGUCCCCAAGUGCCUAACCAUGGUGUUUAAAGUACUCUGAGAAAAGACAGGGAUGUCUGUCAUAAUCUGGGAGCAGCAACUUUGGAAAGGUAUGACAGACCGUGUGUAGAAGAAAAUGCCUUCGAAGCACUGGAAAAAGACUUCCAAGAAGUCAUCAGUGAACUUACGGGAGAUAAAAGCCUGGAGAAAUUCCGGAUAGAAUAUGAGAAGCUCCACAUGGUUAUGAAGAAAUCCUACGAAAAUGAAAGGCGUCUUAUGUCAAAAUGCAGGGAGCUGAAUGCUGAGAUUGUGGUGAAUUCGGCUAAAGUGGCUGCAGCCCUGAAGCUCUCUCAAGAUGAUCAGACGACGAUAACAUCAUUGAAGAGGGAGAUUGAAAAGGCCUGGAAAAUGGUGGAUGCAGCCUAUGACAAGGAGCAGAAAGCAAAGGAAACCAUUCUCUCACUGAAAGAGGAAAUUAUGAACCUAACUAAAUUAGUGGAGCAAGGAUCUGGAUUAUCACUGGGUCAAGAGCACAAUAUCCGGGAUUUGCUGAGGUUUAAGGAAGAAGUAACAAAGGAGAGAGACCAGCUCUUGUCAGAGGUUGUGAAGUUACGUGAAAAUCUAAUCCAAGCUACAGAGCAACAGCAAGAAACAGAGAGGGCAAAAAAUGAGGCAGAACAAAGCAUUGAUCAGUUUCAGCAGGAAAUCCAGAUGCGUCAGAAUGAGGCAUCCCGGGAGUCUCGAAAGAAGGACAAACUGGAGAAGGAGCUUAAACUUAUUCAGGUGGAAAUGGACAACAAGCAGAGUGAAAUAAAGGCGCUGCAGCAGCAUGUGCUGAAGAACAAAGAGGAGCUCCUAAAACUGGAGCAGCAGCUCAAGGAACAGAAGAUCCUGAAUGAAAGAGCUGCCAAAGAACUUGAGCAGUUUCAGACGAGAAACUCUAAACUCCAGCAAGAGAACGAGCAGCACAGCAUGGCCUUUGAACAAAUAACACAGGAGAACCAGCAGAAAACAGUGGAGCUGAAAAUGAGGGAGGAUGAGGUGACUCAGAUGCGUCAUGAAAUUUCAAAACUCUCCAAGGUAAGAGAAGUUAUCCAGAGAAAACUGCGUGUUGCAGAGGAACAAAAAGUUGAAGCAGAAUACCAGAGAGAUACGCUAAGAAACCAAAUCUCUGGACUAGAGAGAGAGUUGGAGAUUGCUAAAAAACAGGUAGAAAUUGAUAAGAAAGCCAUAGAUGAGCUGGUGAGAGAAAGGGACAUAUUAAACAAGAACUUGCUUAAGGCUGCCAGUGUCACUCAAAAGCAGCUGAACUUGGUAAAGCUCCAUGAACAGUCCAAGAGGAACUUGGAAGAAGAAAUUCAGAACUAUAAGGAUGAGGCUCAGAAGCAGAGGAAGAUUAUCUACCAGCUGGAAAAAGAGAGAGACCGUUACAUCAAUGAAGCUAGUGAACUCACCCAGAAGGUCCUCCAGCACAUGGAAGAUAUCAAAGUGCGGGAAAUGCAGAUCUUUGACUACAAGAAGAAGAUAGCAGAGGCUGAGACUAAAUUAAAACAGCAACAAAAUCUGUAUGAGGCCGUGAGAUCAGACAGGAACCUAUACAGUAAAAAUCUGAUAGAAGCUCAGGAUGAGAUCACUGAAAUGAAGAAAAAAAUGAAGAUCAUGACUCAUCAAGUUGAUCAGCUUAAAGAAGAGAUCACAGCCAAAGAGGCAGCUCUUGUGAAAGUACAUUUGGAACAUCAACGAAUAGAAAAGGAAAAGGAGUCUCUGAAGGCUGAGCUGCUUAAGAUGAAACAACAAGCUCUGGAGACCAAACACUUUAUUGAAAAACAGGAAGCAGAAGAGAGAAAACUCCUGAAAAUUAUUGCUGAGGCUGAUGCCGAGAGGCUGAGGCAGAAGAAGGAAUUAGACCAGGUUAUCAGCGAGAGAGACAUCCUGGGGUCGCAGCUUGUUCGGCGCAAUGAUGAAUUAGCUCUGCUUUAUGAAAAGAUCAAAAUCCAGCAGUCUAUCCUAAACAAGGGGGAGACUCAAUACCGGCAGAGAAUGGAAGACAUUCGACUCCUCAAGCUGGAGAUCAAGAAACUUCGGCGGGAGAAGGGAAUACUUUGCAAGAGCGUGGCUAAUGUGGAGGAACUCAGGCAGGAGGUUUAUCACAUGCAGAAGGAGCUACUGAAGGAACGGACUCGAUGCAGAGCCCUAGAGGAAGAGCUGGAGAACCCCAUGAAUGUUCACAGAUGGAGAAAAUUGGAGGCCAGUGACCCGAGUACCUAUGAAUUGAUACAGAAGAUACACACGCUACAGAAACGGCUCAUCAGUAAGACAGAAGAAGUGGUUGAGAAAGAAUUGCUUCUUCAGGAAAAGGAAAAGCUGUAUGUAGAGCUGAAGCACAUCUUGGCCCGGCAGCCUGGGCCUGAAGCGGCAGAACAGUUGCAGCUCUACCGACACACCCUCCGAGAGAAGACCAAACAACUGAAAGUUUUGUCUUCAGAACUGAACAUGUAUGAGUCACAGAGUCAAGAGUACAAGUAUGAAAUAGAGAGACUGGGCAAUGAACUCCUGAAUGUGAAGAAGAAAUACCUAACCCAGAAACGCAAGGAACAACAGACCAAGGAUAAGGAGCGAGUGUUGGCUAACAUGGAGCAGGAGUAUCCAACGCAGAGAAUGGACGUUCCUCGUUUCACUGGGGGAGGCUUUGCUCUCACCAAGCAGCCGCCCAAGAUUAUGGCCUAAACUGGAGUCAUCUCAUCAUGUCCCACUUUUCUUGCUGAACUAAAUUCGUUCUUGGGUAUUUUAGAGAAUGGUUUUAGAGUAACUCAUAUCAAAUGUCCUUUUUUGGUAUUACUGCAUUGUUUUCAUAAAAGAAACUUAUUCUAGAGUGGCCAGUGCUGUAAUUUACACACUAUGGGCUAAAUUCUGCCCUUGAUGGCACCAGCAUUACAACAUGUCCAAGGCGCUGCACAGCUGGGACAUAUGCUGAUAUUUCUUCCUUGUUGCUGUGACUUUUUAUUUAGAAUUGUAACACUCAAAAUACUUUAAUAUGCACACAACUAUAUACCCUCUAUCUACCUCCACCCCAAGCACAUAUUCCGUUUAUCCAUCAAUUUAAAUCUACUAGUAGGAAGGAGAAAAACAGAAAAGAAGGAAAAAGGAAUAACAAGAAGCUCCAUGUCCUAUUUUAAGCAAAUGCAGAGUUGACAACUCUUUACUCAGAUGUUCACAUGAGACAGUUUUUUGUGCAGGAGUAAUAUCAUUUGGUUUAUUCAAUAUUUGCUACAGCCAUUAUUAAGAUCAAGGGAGUUUCUGGCCACAGUAGACCUACCCAUUGUCCAUUGCUAAGGGAUGCAAUUCUGCAUACUGGAUAUGGAUACUAAGUGACUAAUUAUGUCUGUUCAAAUAAGCAGUCUAUCUACUCUGUCUGGAACCUGCCAUCCUCUAUACAUUGUUUCUUGUGAAUCUGAACUCAAAACAUGGCAAACUUUGCACUUUAAUUUCUGUUAGGAGAAAGAUCCUGGAACAUUUUUGUAACUUUAAAAAAUUGUUUUUGCAACGCAGCGUGAGCCCUCCAACCUUUUUGGCCUAAAGAGAUUUAAUUACAGUUAAUUACCAAGUGAUACGACAAAAUCACUGCGAGAGGAGCUGAAGUAUAGAAAACUCACAAGCUGUAAAAUAAAAUGUUUUAGAACUGAUUUCUAUAUGGAAUGCUCCCUCCUGCACUAGGGGAUGAAAAACUAAUCCAAAGAGAUAUGCUGAUAAAUAUUUAAUACAAAAAAAUCCCCCUUUGCAGAGAUUUUGAUCUUUGCUUUGGUGGAAUACAUAAUUAAAUAUUAAAGCUACUGUGGGAAACUUUUAAUGGAAGUGUUUAAUUCAGGAGAAUCAAGUUAAAUACAACAGGGAUCUUCUUUGCUGUUACAUCAGAGACCAGAACACUGAGUCAUCAGAUCUAUUGUAUUUUUUUCUUUCUGUCAAGUAUAUUUACACCACAGUAUCAUUUCAGAGGAGUCUUAUUGUCUGAAUCUUGUCUUGUGUGUGUGUGUAUGACAUUUCAGUAUAACCACAAUAAUCCAAUCACAGUAAAGUCAAGAUGGCUGAUCUGGAUAUAUGAGU